GCUCCAUGGCUUUCCCAAGAAACAAAUGCCUGUUGGCAGCCUUGGCAGUGAUCGCCCUCUGGGCUUCUCACGCGGCAUCAUCCCGCACGCUUACCGACGUAUCGAUGAAGGAGAAGCACGAGCAAUGGAUGGCUCUGUACGGGCGCGUGUACAAAGACGCGGCCGAGAAGGAGCGCCGCUUCAAAAUUUUCCAAGCCAACGUCGAAUUGAUCGAAUCAUUCAACGCUGGGAACCACAAGUUCAAGCUCGGCGCCAAUCAGUUUGCGGACCUCACCAAUGAAGAGUUCAGGGCCGUGCACACCGGAUUCAAACCUUCCCAAGCGAGCUCGGGGAUGGCGACGAAGAGCUUCAAGUAUGAGAACGCCACCGCAGUGCCCGUCAGCAUGGACUGGAGGGCUAAGGGUGCGGUUACUCCCAUCAAGGACCAAGGCCAAUGCGGAUGCUGCUGGGCCUUCUCUGCUGUGGCCGCUGUGGAGGGAAUCACCAAACUCAGCACCGGGAAGCUCAUCUCUCUAUCGGAGCAAGAGCUCGUCGACUGCGACACCAAAGGCGAGGAUCAAGGAUGCGGUGGGGGUCUGAUGGACGAUGCUUUCAAAUUCAUCAUCAAGAACGGAGGCCUCACGACCGAAGCCAAUUACCCCUACGAGGCCGCUGACGGCACAUGCAACACCGGGAAAUCGCAUUCCCAUGCGGCCACCAUCGGCGGCUACGAGGACGUGCCGGCCAACAGCGAGGCGGCGCUCCUGAAGGCGGUGGCGAACCAGCCGGUGUCGGUCGCCAUUGAUGCCGGCGGCUUUGCUUUCCAGUUGUACUCGAGCGGCGUGUUCACGGGGGACUGUGGGACCGAUUUGGAUCAUGGUGUCACUGCUGUUGGUUACGACAAGACGAGUGAUGGGACUAAGUACUGGCUGGUGAAGAACUCGUGGGGUUCAUCUUGGGGCGAGAAUGGAUACAUCAGGAUGCAGAGGGACGUGGAUGCCAAGGAGGGACUCUGCGGCAUUGCCAUGGAAGCUUCUUACCCAACUGCUUAAGGGGGUGGAUGUACCACCUGAUGAUGGAUAUGUAUAUGCGUGCUUCUUAUGCUUUUCUAUGUGCAUGGCUUCAAUCUUGCUGACUGCACCUACGGUGUUUUAAAAUCACAGCAAGAUAAAAACGUGCCUUUCGACCUCCAAAUGGAAGGCUGGAUUAUAUAUAUAAUUGUCGAUGUAGUAUAUAAGUUGGACAGCAGUCUUCAUGAUUCUGA